AAGGGGGGGAGGAGAGAGAGACGGUGAGAAAUCCGUUCAACAGCUUAACAGCCAGCUGUCCCAGGGCCAACCAGCCUGUCCCUCACUCCCCUCCUCCUCUCUGGAAGCUGAGAGGGUUACCAGCAGCGUUCCACAUGCGGUGGGAUGGCAGAUGGCAUGUGGAUGUGGAUACACAGUGUACAUAUAGUGCAGUAGCAGUUGCAGUGCUGCUGUGCCAGAUGGCGCGCAGCUAGAGUGGUUUCCCAGCGUGUCAAUGAUAGAUGGCACAGCACGGGCAGUGAUCGGUGCUCGGGAGGGAAGAUAAUGACCCGUGGCUGUGACUAUCAACGCUCUUGUGAGCGUGGUUGCUGGUGGUCGAAGCAGCCUGGGUGGUGGUGGUGGUGGUGGUGGUGGUGGUGGUGGUGGUGGUGGUGGUGGUGGUGGUGGUGGUGGUGGUGGUGGUGGUGGUGGUGGUGGUGGUGGUGGUGGUGGUGGUCCCAGUCCCAUGUCGCCGCCACUGCACAUGCUCGUGCCAUGCAUCCCCCUCUCCCCCCACACGGCCAUUGCGUGUGGCUCAUAAGUGGCGUGUGCCACGUGCCAUGUGAGACAUGCCGCCUGGCUUGUGGCAUGCGUCCCGCGUGUGCUGAUUCACGCCACGUGUCUCUGCUUCGUUUUUGCAUCAACUUUAAAACCAUGCCACAAGCCAUGGAAUUGCUACCAUACCAUGCAAUGGCGGGAAUGGCUUGUGCAUUGCACGCUUGUGCAUGUGCUCACCUUGCACGUCACUGGCUAGGAGCUUUUCGUGGCAUCGCCAUGGCAGCUACCUACCAUAUACUCUCCUCCUCCAAGAUGCUCUCUCCCUCUUGUGGUUGCUCAGAAAAUAUCUUCGGUUUGUGCGCGCCUUAGUCUGUACAUAGAUUACUUAUCAUAUGCUGCUUGGCCUGGCUGUCUCUCUA